AUGUACACUUUAAGUCAGGAAGAAUACGAAAAAAAUCGCGGAGCCCUCUUCAGAAACUUUUUUCCCGAUGAACCCGGAACAAGCCGAGACGGUAAGAAGAAUGAAAAAGUACUCAAAAAUCAAUUCAUUUCAGGAAGCUCACAAAAAGAAAAGACGGCUGCACAAGAGUUAAUAGAGACAAAAAAGAAGUCGAUUCAAAGUUAUUUCAAUCGAUUUUUCCGGUAAUGAGUAUUUAUUUGAAUCGCAUUCAAACGAAUGGUUUCUAGUGAACGAAAAGGAGCGACGAAUGAUAGUUUCGACUUGAAAAGAGUGAAAUACGACGACUUGGGAAUCCCACAAGAUGCAGGAGGACUGAACAAGUUGCGAUUCAAGUCAGAGAACUUGGGAAUAGUUCCGACACAACUGAAUCACAUUCCUCCGUGGCUCUUUCGACAUUUCGAGUAUGCCUAUUACGUUUCACUUCAGUUCAACCAGCAUCAAAAAUUUACAAAACUUUUAAAGCUGCGAAAGCUACAAAAAGAGCUACCGAUUGCUGAAAGAGCCACAGAAAUUGUAGAGUUGCUGAAGACGGUUUGUGAAUUGCGACGAGUAAUAUCAGCCAACAACAAGUUUCAGAAUCAGGUCCUGAUUGUGGCGGGAGACACGGGAUGCGGAAAGUCCACUCAAGUGCCGCAGUACCUCCUGAAGGCCGGAUACACUGGAGUCGCUUGCACGCAGCCAAGAAGGAUCGCCUGCACGGCUCUGGCCCGUCGUGUGGCCUACGAAACACUGAACCAGUACGCAAGUGAAGUCGCUUUCCAAAUCAGGUUUACACUAUUUCAUAAUUUCAGAAUAAUUGAAGUAUUCUUUUCAGAUUUGAAACGACGAAAUCAAAAAGAACAAAACUGCUGUUCCUGACGGAAGGCCUUCUCCUUCGGCAGAUGGAAAAAGAUUCGCUUCUGGAACAGUACAAUGUGAUUAUUCUGGACGAGGUGCACGAAAGACAUCUGACAUCAGAUCUUCUGAUCGGACUUCUCCGAGAUUUGUGUUCGAAAAGAGAAGAUCUUAAGUUGAUUCUCAUGUCUGCCACAAUCAACCUCGAACUCUUCAAGGGCUACUUCGAAGGUGCUCCCGUAGUCCAAGUGCCCGGUCGUCUCUUCCCAAUUGAUAUCAAGUGGCAUCCCAUUAAGCAGUUUGUGGAACAGUCUGAGAAGAAAACACACAAGAUCGACCCGGAGCCGUAUCUCAAAAUUCUGGAAUUGAUCGAUCAACAGUUUCCGAGCACUCAAAGAGGCGAUGCUCUAAUUUUUCUAAAUGGAGUUGCCGAGAUUUCGAUGGUGGCAGAACAUCUGAAGAACUACGCAGAGCACACGAAAGGAUGGAUCAUUCUGAUGCUGCACAGCACUCUUUCGGUCGAAGAACAGGACAAAGUGUUCGAUCAGGCUCCCAACGGCGUCCGCAAGUGCAUUCUCUCGACAAAUGUGGCCGAAACAUCCGUGACUAUCGAUGGAAUUCGGUUUGUGAUUGACAGCGGAAAAGUGAAUUUGAUCAAGCACGAGCCGGGAACAGGAACACAGAAACUGACGGAGUUCUGGGUGAGCAAAGCGUCAGCGAAUCAACGAAAAGGAAGAGCCGGACGAACUGGACCGGGAAUCUGCUACCGACUGUAUUCGCACGAGCAGUUCGAGAAAAUGGAAGAUUUCACGCAAUCCGAAAUCAAUAGAGUUUCCCUCCAGGAGAUGGCUCUGAAAAUGAUCAGCCUGAAUUUGGGACGUGAGUUUCCGCAUUCGGUAAUGAGAACUAGGCAAUCCUUACUGUUUCAGUUGAUCCACGUACGUUCCCUUUUAUCGAAAAACCAUCAGGGGAGGUUCUCAAUGAAGGCUUGGAAAUGCUGAAAUUCCAGCGAGUGCUCAGAUCCGAUCGCGAUAUUCUGACGUUGACUUCUCUCGGAAACAUGAUCUCGAAGCUGCCAGUGGACGUCCCAAUUGCGAAAAUGCUCGUGUACGGAUGCGUUGUCGAUGAACUCGAAGUGAUGCUGACUGUUGCCGCAGGACUUUCCGUCCAAUCCCCAUUCACAAAUCGAUCGUAUCGCGAGCUGGAAAUUGUGGAACGACGUGCAUCGCUGACAAGUCCGAUGGGCGAUCCGUUCACCCUGAUUGCUGUGUUCCGAGAGUGGGUGCUCCAGAAGGCAUUCGAAGGAACUGCCCGAAGGUGGACAAUGGAAAACGGAAUUGACGAGCACAGACUGUACGAAAUCAGUAAACUACGUUCUCAAUACAGACAAAUUCUGGAAGAUGCGGGACUGGUGGAGAGGGCGUCGGCUGCAGAAACGGGAGCGGAUGACUCGAGGCAACGGCGUAUUGAUCAGGGAGAGAAGAGGAAGUUGUUCGAUUUGAAAAGAUCUCAAAGGAACAACGACCGACGACAGAAGGUGUUAAACGCAAACAAGCAUUUCGACACAAUUCUGAUGGAAAAGGAGGAAGAAGACUUGGAAGCGGAGAAGGAUCCGUUGAAAGCAGACGUCAAAACUGUCGAAUUCCUGUUGAGUCACAAACAGAGAGACGUCGAGAACAUCCGGAAGACACACAAGCUCUCGAGAAGAACCGCAGAAGUAAUUCGGGUAAUCAUCGCCGCCGGGCUCUAUCCGAACUUUGCAAUUCUUGAUCCAGUUAACAAGUACAGCGUAAGUCUGCCAAAAAACUAAAAUACAAACGAGCCAUAGGUGCUGCCGGCGCUCAACUCAAAAUACCUAUUAAACGAGCCCAAUUUCAGUACGGCCAGGAGAUGUUCGUUCACACUCGACUCAAGCCAUUCACUCAGAUCCAUCCAAACUCUUCGAUUGCUCAAUAUCACCCGGAAAGUAUUGAUCCCCGGCAGAACUCGGAAGGCUUCUCCAAACUGCAUCAGAUCCCAUUCUUCGGCCUUCUUCUCGAAACCACAAAGCCCUAUAUUUGCAAUGUCAUGCCGGUUCCGGCCAUUUACGCUCUUCUUGUCGCGCAGAAAAUCAUCAUCGAAGACUGGAUUGAGCUGAUCAUCGACGACUUCCUCGAGCUCAAAUUCAGAAACCGUGAGGAUUGUAGAAGCGUGGUUUUGGACGCGAAAGAGAUUCGUUACGAAAUGACUAAGGGCCUCGCCGCGAAAUUGGUCGGAGGAGACUUCAACAGUAGGAGAUUGACCAGGUACAUCGACCUGCUAAAUCAGUCAAUUAUGGAAAAGGGAGUGGAAUUGUCAGUGAGGCGGAAUGUGAAUCCACCGAAAGUGCUCACUGGAAUCGGAAUUCAUUCUCCCGACGGGGCAAUUGAUAAAGAGGUACGGCCCAGUUGAAGAAGCGAAUUAGUCUCGAGUAUUGCAGGAAGACGUGGAUAGCCUCGUGCAAAGAUUUGAGAAGAACGAACAGAAUGCACAAGAUGACAAGGAAGAAGAAGAAGAGAAAGUGCUGGAGGAACUGCGUGCGGAUGUGAUGUGUCCUCCGACCAGAGACAUGAUAGAAGAAGCAGAAAAGAAGGAGGCGAAAAUGAAAGAAGUUCCAAAAGAGUCUUACUAUGAGAAGUUGCUGAAAAGACGGCAAGCAAAGGAAGAGUUCGGAGAACCCGGAGCGAAACGGCCAAAAGUCGAGCCUAUUGAGCAUGAACAUUAA